UUUGAAUGGGAAGGAAAGAUUUAUGAUAAAAUAAAAUGAGAAUACUUUGGAGUGUUACAGUUGUGUUUUUGCUGAAAAUUCAGCUUUUAUUUGCCGGCGGUGACGGAACAUGCAGCCCUUUCAUUUCAAAAGCAAUCGAGAUUUCUGACACGUUUACAUCAGCAAUUGACUCAAUGCAAAGCGAUUGCAUUAGAUCACUAAGCUUGCAUGCAGUCAUACAGUCUAACCAGCCAUACACAGACUUUGCGAAUGCACUUUAUGAAAUUUAUAGUCACUGUGCUAAAAGUGAAAGUGAUUUAUUUGUGGAUAUGUAUGAUGAGCUGCACAAUUUGAUUGAUCCUAGUAAUAUUCAUAAUGGUGAUACUGUUGGUGACUAUUUGAGUGGAUCAACUGACACGACUCGCUUCCCAUUCCUUUGUGUUGCUGAAAAUAUUGAGAGUGCUUUGGAUCUUUUAGCGAUUUUUGAUAAAGAACUUACUGAUGCAUCAAAUAUGCACUUGAAACAUCAUCAGAUGCCUAAAGAGGAUUCUAUUGAGUCAUAGAAUUUUUGAUAUUACUUUAAAAUUCUUGUAAAUAGUUAAUUUUAAAAUUAUAAGUUGAAAUUUUAGAAAUAAAAAUAGAAAAAAAUUGUUUUCUGAUUUGGCAAUGCA